UCUACUGUGAAAUGAUGAUCGGUUGGUGCUUGGUAUUGAGGUAAUUGAUUCCUAGUACCCGAACUUCGAAAACGUGGAGAUUGACAAUUAUUGUAUAAUCAGGUGUAUAGUAUUUUGCCAUCAAAAAGUUCCGUAUUUUCUGUUUGAUUUACUGAAGUCGUGGACGUUCCUUCGCAUUAUAAAUUGAUUUUCGUGAUGACCUGUGCACCCUGAAAUAGCAACGUGGAUGCGAAACGAUGUUGAUAUUCCAUCCGAGUAUCCAAUAUUUUUGGAUUAACUGGAUCUGUCUUCUCAAGCUUAUACACGUCACAUUCGUCAUAAACGCGUCAUUUUUUGGGAGAAGCCUUGAAAGGCGGAGUGAUUCAUUCACUGACCCUAAGGGAAGUGUGGAUGAUGCUGGUCGUGCUCGUUGCCGGUGUUGGUUUGUUCUACGAGUGUCGGGUUGCAGUGAUCUUCCUCGCACACUAUAUCUGGAAUGCUUGCUCCGUUGAGAGGGAAAGUUUUGAGUCCUAGUCCAUCUGACAAUGCUCAAGUCGGAUCCCGGAACGAGGAAGAACAGGAUUUGGUCCAAAGAAAAAUAUAGAGGAAAUCAUACAAGGGCGAUGAGAUGACCGCCGAGUAUAAAGCUUGUGACAAUCCCUGGAUGACUCAGUAGGACAGCCAGGGACUACCAAGUGGCCUUGGACGAGAUGGUGUCCCCAAACGCUGGAAACCAGGGAUGCUGGUUUUUUAUUCAACGCGGAUCUGAGAUUCGUGCGAAGUGAUGGCUGGAUUUGUUUUCGUUGAAAAACCAACCAUGUCUGUUCUUCGGGAAGUGGGUAUUUUCUGGGACAUCGAAAAUAUCCCGAUUCCGAAAAAUGCGGAUGUGCGUGCAAUGAUAAGUGAAUUGCGGAAUGCAUUUGUCCCUCCUGCCACUUGUCGAGAACGUUCAUUCACCAUCGUUGGGAAUCUUACAUUGAUGGCUGUGCGAGUGCGAGCUACUCUGAAUUCAUUGCAAGUGACGCUGAUGCACGUGGAGCAAACCAGGAAGAAUGCCGCAGAUCUGAAAUUGUCCGAGCUCAUGAAGUCGUUCAUUGAGGAUGUUGGUCGCAUGUCCGCCGAUCGUCACGUAAUGCCCCGUGUAGUCUUAAUAUCAAGUGAUUAUCAUUUCAAGGAUGACCUUUACACCUUGAAACUGAAACGUGGAUGUGAAACGAUCUUGAUACACCAUCCGAAGAUCCAAAAUGAAAUGCUGGAUUUUUGCUCUCAAGCUUAUCCAUACACGUCAUUUUUUGGAAAAGCCCUGAGCGGCGGAGGAACUCAGUCUAUGACUGAGCCUGAGGGAAGUGUGGAUGAAGCUGGUCGAACUCGUUUCUGGUAUAAGUUCGUUUUACGAGUGUCGGGUUACAACGAUCUUCCUCGUCAAACGUUAUCUGGAAUGCUUGCUCCGUUUGGAGGAAAGGUUUUGAGUCAUAAUCCGACUGGCUAUGCCAAGGUCGGAUUCCGGAACAAGGAAGAAUCAGAUUUGGCGAAAAGCAAAAUACAGAUGAAAUUAUUCAAUGGUGAAAGGCUCACCGCCGAGUAUAAAGCUUGUGAUAAUCCUUGGAUGCAAUCGGAGAGCCCACCUAGCUCUGAGCAGAACUCUGGCUCCGGUUUUCGCGGGACGCGUUUCAACACGCCGAAUGAACGUGGAAAUCGGCCGCCUCCAUCCCAGGCACGAGUUCAAGUUUAUCACCAGAAACCGGUUGCCUCUGUGGUAUUGAAUGCGAACUCGUCCAAGAUGCGGUCUAAGAAAUCCGACAAGGAAUUAAUGGCUUCGCCGUUCCGAUAG